CUCUUGAGUUGCUCCACUGUCAAGUACAUUUCCUCUGCAUCGGAAUGGCAAAGGGACAAUGUGCUCCAAGUAGUGCGACUGUCAGUGUCGAAUAGUUCGUGUUAAUGUCUGCUGUUAUUAUUGCAUAGGAACAAAUGCAGGAGUUGCUUACUUGGGCGUGUAUAUGUGGUUAGAGGGAAAUCAACGCUCCCGCUCAAACCGGUAAUUUGAUACAUUUAAAAAAAAAAAUGAACUUUGAUGUUGGAGUUUACAUGUUCCAGUGUUUCUCCUCGAAAUAGUCAUUCGUCGCUUGGUGUACAAUGUAGCGUCAUUUGUGUAUUAGCCUACCUACAUGAAUGUAACAUGAUAUUUAGUUCGAUAUGACUAAUGUGACUGAAAGUAAAAGCGUAGAAUGGCUCCAACUCGAGUUGGAAUCCGGGGAAAGUUCGCUGCUUUUGUUGGACUGCCGAUCGCACGAGCUUUACGAAUCAUCCCACAUAGAAACGGCGAUCAAUCUGGCAAUUCCAGCAUUGAUGCUGCGAAGGUUUAAGAAGGGCAACAUACCCAUCCGAACUAUCAUACCGAACCACGAAGACAAGGAGAAAUUCGUUAGACGUUGCAAUACAGAUACAGUGAUUCUGUACGAUGAGUGCACUGUGGACUGGCAGGAUGGGGCCACUGGCUCGGUUCUGGGUCUACUUCUUCAGAAACUAUGGGACGACGGAUGUAAAGCAUAUUACUUGGAAGGGGGAUUUGGGAAGUUUCAGACCGAGUACCCAGAGCACUGUGAAACCCUCCUGGACAGCUCCUGUCCCAGCUCCUCUCCCCCGCUCUCCGUCCUAGGCUUCAGAAGUCUCCGGAUCAGUUCCGACCUCUCAGAUUGUGAAUCGGACCGUGAGCCGAGCAGCGCCACCGAGUCUGAGGAGAGCCCCCUUCCCAACAUCCAACCUGCCUUCCCAGUCCAGAUCCUCCCCUUCCUUUACCUGGGCUGUGCCAAAGACUCCACCAACCUGGACGUGCUGGGCCAGUACAACAUCAAGUACAUCCUGAACGUCACGCCUAAUCUCCCCAACAUGUUUGAACAUGACGGCCUCUUUACGUACAAGCAGAUCCCCAUCUCGGACCACUGGAGUCAGAACUUGUCCCAGUUCUUUCCAGAGGCCAUAUCUUUCAUCGAUGAGGCUCGGUCCAAGCAGUGUGGCGUCCUGGUACACUGUCUGGCUGGUAUCAGCCGCUCUGUGACCGUUACCGUGGCCUACUUGAUGCAGAGGCUCAACCUAUCCCUCAAUGACGCCUAUGACUUUGUCAAGAGGAAGAAGUCCAACAUCUCCCCCAACUUCAACUUCAUGGGCCAGCUGCUGGACUUCGAGAGGACACUGGGGCUGCACAGCCCGUGUGACAACCGCUCCUCAUCCAAUGAGCAGCUCUACUUCACCACGCCGACCAAUCACAACGUGUUCCAGUUGGACACUCUGGAGUCGACGUGAGGAGACGGAGAAGGCAGGGUUUGGCGGCCAUGUUGCUUCAUCAGUGUCUACAUGGUCUUUUGUAGCCUGUCAGGAAAAGGAAAAGAGUCCUGGAAAUGCAGCUGGUAGAGAGAGACUGAGGAGGCUCACCUGUCGUGCAAGUGAUUUAAGUAUGGAUUUUUAUAGCCCACGGUGCUCCCCAGUAUGCUUUUAAAAAGUACAUACUUUGUCCACGCUCUGAUGCCUUAUCGUCUAUAAUAGUGAAUGAUGGUAUGGUUAUUGCAGGAAAUGUCAUCAUUAUGAGCUAACUCUAAGAUGGUUUAACUGUUAUUUCAUAUUCUCCAGCUGUCAUGUGGAUGUGUCAGUUGUUUUCCUAACAAAUGUGGCUGAUGCGUUGGUCUGAAGGAAGAGGUUGGCCAUGGAGAAUGGGAAUCAAUAUUUUCUGGGACCAAACAGAGAUUUUUUUUGAAUGGUACUUUUGCUGAGGAAAUGGGGCUACUUUAAGUUGGCCUUGAAGACUAACGUUCCUGUUGAUGAGUGUAACAUUCCUGUUGAUGACUAACGUUCCUGUUGAUGAGUGUAACAUUCCUAUUGAUGACUGUAACGUUCCUGUUGAUGACUAACGUUCCUGUUGAUGACUGUAAUGUUCCUGUUGAUGACUGUAACGUUCCUGUUGAUGGCUGUAAACGUUCCUGUUGAUGGCUGUAACGUUCCUGUUGAUGACUAACGUUCCUGUUGAUGACUGUAACGUUCCUGUUGAUGACUGUAACGUUCCUGUUGAUGACUAACGUUCCUGUUGAUGACUGUACCGUUCCUGUUGAUGACUGUACCGUUCCUGUUGAUGACUGUAACGUUCCUGUUGAUGACUGUAACGUUCCUGUUGAUGACUAACGUUCCUGUUGAUGACUGUAACGUUCCUGUUGAUGACUGUAACGUUCCUGUUGAUUACUAACGUUCCUGUUGAUGACUGUAACGUUCCUGUUGAUUACUAACGUUUCUGUUGAGGGCUGUAAACGUUCCUGUUGAUGACUAACGUUCCUGUUGAUGACUGUAACGUUCCUGUUGAUGACUAACGUUCCUGUUGAUGACUAACGUUCCUGUUGAUGACUGUAACGUUCCUGUUGAUGACUAACGUUCCUGUUGAUGACUGUAACGUUCCUGUUGAUGACUAACGUUCCUGUUGAUGACUGUAACGUUCCUGUUGAUGACUAACGUUCCUGUUGGUGACUAACAUUCCUGUUGAUGACUGUAACGUUCCUGUUGAUGACUGUAACGUUCCUGUUGAUGACUAACGUUCCUGUUGAUGACUGUAACGUUCCUGUUGAUGACUGUAACGUUCCUGUUGAUGACUGUAACAUUCCUGUUGAUGGCUGUAACGUUCCUGUUGAUGGCUGUAACGUUCCUGUUGAGGGCUGUAAACGUUCAUGUUGAUGACUGUAACGUUCCUGUUGAUGACUGUAACGUUCCUGUUGAUGGCUGUAACGUUCCUGUUGAGGGCUGUAAACGUUCAUGUUGAUGACUGUAACGUUCCUGUUGAUGACUGUAACGUUCCUGUUGAUGACUGUAACGUUCCUGUUGAUGACUGUAACGUUCCUGUUGAGGGCUGUAAACGUUCAUGUUGAUGACUGUAACGUACCUGUUGAUGACUGUAAUGUUCCUGUUGAUGACUGUAACGUUCCUGUUGAUGGCUGUAAACGUUCCUAUUGAUGACUGUAACGUUCCUGUUGAUGACUGUAACGUUCCUGUUGAUGACUAAUGUUCCUGUUGAUGAGUGUAACGUUCCUGUUGAUGACUGUAACAUUCCUGUUGAUGACUGUAACGUUCCUGUUGAUGACUGUAACGUUCCUGUUGAGGACUGUAACGUUCCUGUUGAGGACUGUAACGUUCCUGUUGAGGACUGUAACGUUCCUGUUGAGGACUGUAACGUUCCUGUUGAGGACUGUAACGUUCCUGUUGAUGACAAACGUUCCUGUUAAUGACUGUAACGUUCCUGUUGAUGACUAACGUUCCUGUUGAUGACUGUAACGUUCCUGUUGAUGACUGUAACGUUCCUGUUGAUGACUGUAACGUUCCUGUUGAUGGCUGUAACGUUCCUGUUGAUUACUAACGUUCCUGUUGAUGACUGUAACAUUCCUGUUGAUGACUGUAACAUUCCUGUUGAUGACUGUAAUGUUCCUGUUGAUGACUGUAAUGUUCCUGUUGAUGACUGUAACGUUCCUGUUGAUGGCUGUAACGUUCCUGUUGAUGACUGUACCGUUCCUGUUGAUGACUGUAACGUUCCUGUUGAUGGCUGUAACGUUCCUGUUGAUGACUGUAACAUUCCUGUUGAUGACUGUAACGAUCCUUUGGAUGACUAAUGUUCCUGUCGAUGACUAACGUUCCUGUCGAUUACUGUAACAUUCCUAUUGAUGACUAACGUUCCUGUUGAUGACUGUACCGUUCCUGUUGAUGACUGUAACGUUCCUGUUGAUGACUGUAACGUUCCUGUUGAUGACUGUAACGUUCCUGUUGAUGACUGUAACGUUCCUGUUGAUGACUGUAACGUUCCUGUUGAUGACUAACGUUACUGUUGAUGACUGUAACGUUCCUGUUGAUGACUGUAACAUUCCUAUUGAUGACUGUAACGUUCCUAUUGAGGACUGUAAGGUUCCUGUUGAUGACUGUAACGUUCCUGUUGAUGACUGUAACGUUCCUAUUGAUGACUGUAACGUUCCUGUUGAUGACUGUAACGUUCCUGUUGAUGACUGUAACGUUCCUGUUGAUGACUGUAACGUUCCUGUUGAUGACUGUAACAUUCCUAUUGAUGACUGUAACGUUCCUAUUGAGGACUGUAAGGUUCCUGUUGAUGACUGUAACGUUCCUGUUGAUGACUGUAACGUUCCUGUUGAUGACUGUAACGUUCCUGUUGAUGACUGUUCUAAACGUCUUCAUUUGCAGCUCUCUCUCUUGACAUCAGAAUGGAGUGAUCUUGGAAAACAGUGCUACGUUAUUUUCCCUACUUUGCUGUCAUCUUCAGUGUAAACAUUUGAUCAUGUAGGAACCUUUGUUGAACUGAGACAGGUCACCCUCUGCAAAAUGUUAAAGAUGAAACACCUAUAGUUUUUUUUUGUAAAGCUCUUGUAAAUUGUAAUAAUUAUAAUAGCAUUGCAUUGUCUGCAUGUAAUUAAGUUGAAUUUCUGUUUUGUACCUCUUCUGCCUGUUGUUCCUCUGGCCUUUAUCAUACCUUCUAAGUUAACAUAACACUUAACUGUCUUUAACCAAGGACCUGGGUAUAGUAUAGGAUUGUCAUAUGCCGUGCUUGAAAUUCAUGACUUGUAGUUAUGAUCCAUAAUGGACAUUUGAACCUUGUUUAUUAAGGCAUGGAUAAGUCAUGUAUAGACACAAUCUUCAGCCUGCAGCCACUCUUCCUUUAGCAGAACCAUGUUAAGGGAAACAUGCAGUGUGUUUUGAUCCGUUCUGUUGUUGCCAGUAAUGUCUCGGAACGAGUCGGCCCAAAGUUGAAAGUUUUAGUGAAUGAGAGAGAGGGAAUGAAAUGAAACGAGUCAAGAUGAUGCUAAAUGUGUUCUUACCUCACGGAGAGACAUUUUCAGGGAUUUUAUAUAACACAUCUGUAUUUUGUUACAGCCUCUGAAAUACAUCAAAGGGCUGUGUUUAUUUGGUAUGUGUUUGUAAAAUAUGUACAUAAGACUCGCUUGGUAACGGGGGACCUUUUCUCUGAAUCAUGAAGGAUGUGAAGUUAAAUUGACCCAAUUACAGUAUGUAUAGUGUAUGUAAAACUAAAUGUACAAGACAUUUAUGUACAAGUUUAUACAACAAAUAUAUUGUAUAUUUUUUACCUUUAAA